ACAAAAGGGAAAACCAUCGGGUGGGGGGGGUUGAAAGCCAGUGGAUAAACUUACUUUCAACGAUAUUGUAAAAAAAAAAUCGUGCCAGUGACGAUUCUCUGUCAAGGAAACAGACGACCAAAACACAAAAGGUAGAGGAGUAAAGUUAAUAUAUACCAAAAAAAGCUAACAAAUUGUUAGUGAAAAAGCAACAGAGGACAGUACGUGCGGCGUGCCGUUCUCUCGUCGUCGUCGUGCGAUGCUCGAGGCUGAAGAGAGUCGAAAGAGACGAGAGUCUUCACGUUCCAAGAGGUAGCACAAAAGGUCGCGUGCAAAUCAGCUGCUGUUACUCUCUCGUCGUCCACGGCGACGACGACGACGACGAAAACAACAACAAGACGAAGAAUUUCCUCAGAUAAAUCAAAAAAUCACAUUUAUUGCUGAAGUCGUCACCUUUCAGCUAUUUUUUACUAAACUCAAAAGCCAAAAGUUGAAACAAAAUUCCGUUGAAUUUGUCUUAACGUGCUCGAUGAAGUGUAAACGUACUUGAUUCACAUUUUAUCUUCACACACCAUCUCAUCGUCUUCGGUUGUUCCAUGGCAGCAAGGAUGCGGCAAAACGAAUGCCAACGUCAAUGAGAAUAUCAAAAAGCGACACGUACAAGUCGUCAAUCUCUUUUCAACGUAAGGUAGGAAGAGUUAAAGAAGAAAAAAAAAACCAAGAUAAUUUGAUAAUUUGACGACUAAGUUUGAGCAUACAGUGAAUGGAAAUAAAGAAUAUAUAUACGUCUAUACACUUGUAAAAAAAAGUGCGAAGACAUUCAAGGCUCUCCCUUAUAAUUCCUCUUUUCCAUAUCCUUAUUAUUUUCUAUAAGGACAGUUCCUUUUUUAAAAUCUAGCUUAAAGCAUAGAUAAUAUUGUAUUAUAUAAAUAAAUCUCUAUCCUAGAAUUUUUAGUACGUAGUAAGUAGAAAUAAACGAGAGCAGGCUUAGGAGUAAACUCCUUUGUGGAGAAACAAGAUUAAAAUAAAUAACACAUUAAAUAAAUUCACUAAAAGUAUUAAUAAAAAAAAAAAUUAUUCUAACAAUUAAUACAAUAAAAAAAAUCGUCAUAAAAUUUUAUCCUCAUUGUUAUAUUGUUGUAGAAUUAAUAGAAUAAAUAAAACAGGUCGGAGCAGUACGGGUGACAUAGCCUUCUUAAAGCCUGAGUGAUAAUUAAUUAUCAUCAUCGGCGUAAUUAGCACGGCACUCAAUUGCUAUAAGACAGAAUCAGACUAAGAGAGAAAGGGAGAGGGAAAUAGGUGAGAUUGAUUAUAAUAAUUGUAAUAAAGAACAUAGAGUAAAGAUAAUAAAAUACAAGAGGAACGAAGAAUAGAAGUGGAUGGAUCGAAUAUUGAAUUGAGGAUAUCGUAUUAUAACGAAAGAGAAAUGUCACGGGAAAUAAGUACGAGUAACGUUAAAUUACAUUACGUAGCUGACGAAUAAAAGUACCUUUCGUUGUCGAGUCUUCAAUUCUUCCUUCCUUCUCUACUUUUUCUCUUCGUCGACCUCACGGGUCAAAAAACACGUCAUUAUUUUAACGUUGGCAAUCAGAAAAUAACCUAAAGACAAUUUUUCCUCGCCUUUUCUUCUCCUCCUUCCUCCACGCGUCUUAAACGCGUCAAGUCCAUAAAAGUGGACUUUAAUAUACGAAAAAACGGGAGCAAGGGGACCAAUUUACUCGCACUCUCGCGUCACAUACCAUAGUUUAUUAUUUUAUAUUCAAUAUUGUUCUGUUUUAUUUGCUCGAUAAUAACAUUAACAUAAAAUUAGCUGAAAUAUAUAAAUAAAUAUGAAUAAGAGAAAAUAUUAAUAUUAUAAAUAUAAGAUAAAAUAAAUAAUUGUGUACAAUAUAAUUGUCACUGAAAGGUAUUGUUUUCUUUCUAUAUUAUCACUACCUUACGAUAUUUAUUUCCCAACUCUCCCCUUAUUAUUUGGGCCGUUUUAUAACGCACAACUGGAGCAAUAAAUCAAGAUAAAAAUAUUUAAAAAAUCAAGAACUGUCUGACAACGUGGAAAGACAUUCGUGAUUCUAAAAAUUAUUUUUUCAAGAUUGAAUAUUUUGCCAAGUAGUUUAGAAACAAUUAGUGUGUUUGUUAGAAGAAGACGGGCUUGUUUUAAUCAAAGCGAGCCGACACAAAGUGGAAUACCGAAACGUAGGCGAUGUCGCCAUCUUGAAUCGGGCAUGUUGGCCCUGGCCUCCCUGAGAUGCGACGAGAGGUAUCCAAGUGGUCACAAAAAGGUAGACAGGGUCGUCACCACGAGCCAUCAUCAAAUUGGGCCUUUGUCGUCGCUGGUAUACGUGCUGAUGGUGGUGUUGCUAUCAUCCGCCUCGUGUGUGGCAAAGCAAGAGGGGCAAUUGACGCCAGAGAGUCGAGAUCUCGAGGUCUCUAUAACGACACAAGUGCCGUGGAUGCGAUAGCAAGAGCUUGGAUCGAAGGUGCAAGUCAUGCCAAGCUACGAAGGCGCGGUCAUGAACGUCAUCAGCGCCAGUAGUCUGGCGUCGACGAGCAUCUUCGAAGAAAAUAUGAGCACCUCGGUUGACUGGUCCCAAUCAAGCAGCAGUAUCAGCGGAAAUACAAUCAUUACGUCGUCAUACGAAUCUACACCAUCACCUUCAUCAAUCACGACUCAUUUAGAUGACAAAGCCCAUCAAAAGACUUGUGGUGCUUGUUCGAUAGCCCUCAAUUCUCACAACGAGCAAGCACUAAUCAACAAGCAUAACGUGACAGACUGGGUGGUGGCAAAGGAAAGCCAAGGAGACGGUGAGGAAGAAGAAGACGAAGGAUACGCGUCUGGAGACGAGACUGUUGAAGAAAGGACUUUUGAAUCUGAUAUUGGUAGUGAACUCGUUGAAGAUUCUAGUCUUCUUUUUAGCUUCGACGAAGAUCUGGGAACAAUGGAGGAUCUUAAUGUUAGCCAAUUUAACGAAAGCUUAUACAAUGCAACGUGCUCUAAUGAAACUUACAUUGUCUUAGGUGAUAGCUUAUAUCCAUCAGGUUACAGUCUUCUUCAGAUUAUCUUAGCUUCGAUAGCAGCGACCAUUUUAAUGAUUGUCGUCGUCGUCGGAAAUAUGUUGGUCAUAAUUGCUAUUGUUACUGAAAAAGCAUUGAAAAAUAUUCAGAAUUGGUUCAUCGCUAGUCUAGCAGUGGCAGAUUUUUUCCUUGGCCUUGUUAUCAUGCCCUUCUCCCUUGCUAAUGAAAUCAUGGGUUAUUGGAUAUUUGGUUACUGGUGGUGCGAUAUAUAUUCAGCAAUGGACGUGCUUCUAUGUACCGCGAGUAUAAUGAACUUGUGUCUGAUAAGCCUUGACAGGUACUGGAGCAUUACACAGGCAGUGGAAUAUCUAAAGAAGAGAACACCCGCUCGUGCUGUUCUUAUGAUAGCUCUUGUGUGGGUGAUGGCAGCCCUCGUAUGCAUUCCACCUUUGCUGGGUUGGAAAAGGCCAACUCCCGAAGAGGAAUAUCCCAAGUGCAGGGUAAGUCAUUUUAUGGUUUACACUUUAAUCUGA